UUAGGCCCCGCCCCCAUGCGCAGAGUAUAUAAGCGCUGCUCGGCGCUCUGCUGCGUCUCUGAAGUUCUGAUCGUGUUCAAGACGUGCAUCAUCUCACCUGCAACUGCGACAUCACAGAUCACAAUGUCUGACGAAGGAAAGCUGUUUGUCGGUGGACUCAGUUUCGAUACCACCGAACAGUCGCUAGAGGACGCUUUCGCCAAAUAUGGCGUCAUCACCAACGUUCAUGUGGCCCGAAACCGAGAAACCAACAGAUCCAGAGGAUUCGGAUUCGUGACCUUUGAGAACCCAGAAGAUGCGAAGGACGCGAUGGAGGGAAUGAAUGGAAAGUCUGUGGACGGCCGGACGAUCCGUGUGGAUGAGGCUGGGAAGGGCGGCGGUGGAGGAGGUGGACGCUCCGGUGGAGGAUCCUACAGAGGAGGUGGAGGAGGAGGUGGUGGAGGCUUCUACAGAGGAGGCCGAGGAAGAGGAGGUGGAGGCAGCUACGGCGGUGGAGACCGUGGGUACGGAGGAGACCGGAGCUACGGCAGCGGUGGAGGAUAUAAGAGCGGAGGAGGUGGAGGAUACUCCUCUGGAGGAGGUGGAGGAUACAGCAGAGACAGGAAUUCUGGGAACAGCGACCGUGGCAGCUCUUACAGAGACAGCUAUGAUAGUUAUGCUGUACAAGACUAGAACCCAAGACCCGACGCGUCAGCGGCAGAGCGUUUCUAAAGACUCAUGGAUCUGUUCUUGGAUUUUGUUGUAGCUGUUCUCCAUGUUUCUGUUCAGUUCUUGUACUCUGAGAGGAAGGCCGCUCUGAUCGCCGGCCGUGAAUGAAUGAAUGUUGAUGUGCUGAUGGGUCUCUCUUUUGCCUCAUUUGAUUCCUUUAAUCACGAGCGAGCUGCUCUCAUGUUAGUGCUUCUGUGGGAGUCUAGAGAGCGUUUGCUCUGUGUUUGUUACUGAUGCGCAGCCGCUGUCUUAAGCACUGCUCCUUCUGUUCGCUGUAAGCCAAUGAUGUGUCCCAAAAAGUCACUUUAUUUCAGACUGAGCGGAGCAGAGGACGGCUGACGUGUCUCUGUCUGUCGCUGCUCCUCACAUCCUGCAUUUUAAUGAUGGACUCUUGACCAAUAUCUUUCUAUCUACCAAUCAUUCACUUGAGAGAGAACCAGAACUUGUUAACAGUACACUCCAGAACUGGGAAAGAAAUCCUUGUGCUCUUGUUUCCUUUGUAUCAAAAUUUGAGACUCUAUUUUGUUUUUAUUAUUUUUAUUUUUUGCCUUUCAAUUGUGGCUUCAUGGAGCCUAUUAAACGAAACCAUUUGUUCAAA